GGUGAAGAAUCAUCCCUAGCAGGCUGGCUCGUGCGGCUCGGUGGUUGUCCGCUCAUAUUAUUAUUGUUGAAAGCAGAGCACACCGGGUUGUAGCCAAGCAGCGUGACAGCCACACCUUAGGCUCACGAAAAUCAUUUCCCCCGUAUUUCGGGCUAAAUCCCCUCGCGGCCUCGAGAAUUCUCGAGCGAAAAAAAACGAAGCUUUUACAAGGCCCGAGUCGAGGGAGGAGAGGUAGGCCGAAACCCGCCCUUCUCCGAGUCCUCUCCGCCCUUCGAACCGCGACGCAAGGUCGAUUCACUUUCGUUUGGCCAUUCCCCCGCGGCUCUCGUUGCCUCUCGUUGCGCGCCUCUCGUCGUUUCGGGAUCAACGGACUACCGAAAGAAGCGAACCGCGGAUAAAAAUAAUCGUAGAGGUAAAAAUAAAGUGACGCAAACCCCCCGUUCUCGAUCAGACCAGAUCGGUCGAGUGUCAAAAAAAAACGAACAAUUUUCUCACAAUGGAACGUUGCUGAUUGCAGGGAAUAAAAAACAAAAAAAACGAGACGAGUGGUUUUUUGAUAGUUGAUAAAAAGGUAAAAAAAAUAUUAAAGAUGGAAUUAACCGGACGAGUGGCCCUGGUAACGGGAGCGGCUUCCGGUAUCGGGAGUACAUACACGGAGGAAUUACUGAAUCACGGAGCCAAGGUUUCAAUAUGUGACAUCAACGGGGUCGAGGGUGAGAAAUUGGCGAACUCGCUCGCCGCGAAACACGGAAAAGAUAGAGUGAUAUUCUGUCAAUGCGACGUGACCGACUACCCUCAGUUCGAAGAAUCAUUUCGUACGACCAUCGCUGUGUUUGGCCACAUCGACAUAGUCAUCAACAAUGCUGGAAUAAUGAACGACCGGUUUUGGGAGCUCGAAGUCGACGUCAAUCUGAACGGUGUGAUAAGAGGCAUGUUGUUGGCUCAACGAUUCUUGAGCGCCGAACGAGGCGGUAGGGGCGGAGUGGUCGUUAAUACCGGAAGCAACGUUGGUAUAACGCCCUACGUGAGUUUGCCUAUUUAUUCGGCAACGAAAAGCGCGAUAGUCAGUCUCACGAGGGCAUUCGGGGAUGAUUACCACGUUAAUUUGACGGGUCUGAGGGUGAUGGCGCUCUGUCCAAACGUCACGUGCUCCCAAGGUGACGUAGCUCCCACGACUCUGCUCUCGCCGCUCUACGAGGAUGCUUGGCACAGCGACACAGCUUCCUACGUUCCACAAAAACCUGAACACGUCGGCAAAGCCCUCAUCCACGUAUUGCGCACCGGUCGCAGCGGAAGCGUCUGGCUCGUCGAGAACGGCUUGCAACCCCGCGAACUCGUAUUUCCGUAGCAAUGACGAUAAUUCGCGCCCCUCAUUUCGUUUCGAGCCAAUAUUUUUUUUUAUUUCACUUCUUGUACCAGCACCGAAUGUCAACUUGCUUAUUUUCUUUACUCGAAAUUCCAUAAUCUUGAUAUUUACGCAAUCGCGAUUAAAAUAUUUUCCAUUUUUCCUCCUCCUCCUCCUCCUCCUCCUCGUUUUUCAAGGAUAACAGCUUGGUGGAAUCAUGGAAGAAACGACCUGUAGAAAAUACGCAUGUAAUCAAUCGCGCGGUCCUUCCGGAAACGCACAAUUCCUCGCUUUGAGAUAUAUUAAUAAACAAAAUUUUUAAUGACUUUUUAAUCCCCCGAAGCGAAGAGUGUUAACGCAUUAACGCUGCGUAGUGCUUCAGGGGCUUAAUUUAAUCGCUGAUUAAAUUCACGCGUCGCUCUUAUCACCGUAAACUAAUUAGUGAUUUAUCAUCGAUCAACUUCAUCCUCACCAUCGAACUAAUUAUCAACGUUCUAUAAAAAUUUCAUGUAAAACCUUUGUAAUACAUAUUAUAUACGAUUUUAGAUAUACAAUUUUUAACACAAAGCCGACUAUUGUGAAUUUACAUUUUUUAUAUACGCGCUACUACACUUUCCGUCGACGAUCAAUCCUCUUACAUAAGGAUGCGGUAAAUAAAUUAUUUAUUCGACCAAUA